AUGGGCCCCUGGACGGCACGGGGGCCGCCCGCCCUCCUGCGGCCGCCGGUGCCCGUGCUGGUGCUGGUGCAGGUGCAGGUGCUGGUGCUGGUGCUGCUGGUGGUGCUGCUGGCGGCCGCGCCCGCUGCGGGCAAGGGCUGUGUCUGCACGGACAAAGGCCAGUGCUUCUGCAGCGGGGCCAAAGGGGAGAAGGGAGAGAAAGGUCUUCCCGGACCCGCUGGUUCUCCUGGUCUGAAGGGAUUCCCAGGUCCUGAAGGCUCACCUGGACUACAGGGACCCAAGGGCGCUCCAGGACUUCCAGGACUCACUGGUCCCAAAGGUGUAAGGGGAAUAACUGGAUUACCAGGAUUUUCAGGGCCUCCUGGACUUCCAGGCAGCCCUGGCUAUCCUGGACCUUAUGGUCCUGCUGGUUUACCAGGAUGCAAUGGUUCUAAGGGUGAGCAAGGAUUCCCAGGAUUUCCAGGGACACCAGGCUACCCAGGGGUCCCGGGUGCCAUUGGCUUAAAAGGAGAAAAGGGUGCUCCCGCUGAAGGAAAAGAUAUAGAAUAUGAUGGAAAAGGGGAUCCCGGGCUGCCAGGAGCUCCAGGAAUCCAGGGUUUGCCGGGCCUCCCAGGUUUUCCUGGACCCGUGGGCCCACCUGGCCCUCCGGGAUUCUUUGGUUUGCCAGGAACCAUGGGGUCUCCAGGACUUAAGGGUCACAUGGGUGAUAAUGUGAUUGGACAAAAAGGAGAAAGGGGUGUGAAAGGAUUAAUAGGACCUCCUGGACCACCAGGAACUGUUAUUGUGACGCUGACUGGCCCAGAUAACAGAACGGAACUCAAAGGGGAGAAGGGAGACAAGGGCACCAUUGGCCAACCCGGACCUCCUGGACCCAGAGGACCACCAGGAGACUCUUAUGGAUCAGAAAAAGGUGCCCCUGGAGAACCUGGCUCACAGGGGAAACCUGGAAAAGACGGAGCCCCGGGGUUCUCUGGCACUGAGGGACCCAAAGGCAGCAGAGGCUUCCCUGGGUUGAGGGGCGAAGAUGGCAUUAAGGGAUGGAAAGGGGACAUUGGCCCUCCAGGAUUUCGUGGCCCAACAGAAUAUUAUGAUGCAUACGCGGUAAAGGGAGAUGAGGGAACUCCAGGCCCUCCAGGCCCCAAAGGAGCUCGUGGCCCACAGGGUCCCAUUGGCCCCCCCGGAGAUCCCGGAAGGCCUGGGUCAUCAAAGCCUGGCCUCAGAGGACCCCCUGGACCACCAGGCAUGAAAGGAAGUAAAGGGGAGCGAGGACCCCCAGGAAAGAAUGCAGUGGGGUCUCCCGGGGCCUCGGGUUGUCCUGGUUCACCAGGCCCUCCAGGGCUGCCGGGACCUCCGGGACCACCAGGUGACAUCGUAUAUCGCAAAGGUCCCCCUGGACAAGGUGGACAUCCAGGCCAUGUGGGGCCUCCAGGAAUCCCAGGUGUCGAUGGGCGCAAAGGGGAGCCAGGCCUCGUGUGCACAGACUGUCCUUGUGUCCCAGGGCCUCCGGGUCUCCCAGGACUGCCGGGAUUUGAUGGCUUAAAAGGAACUCCAGGAGGACGAGGGGCAGCUGGCAUUAAAGGAAGCCCAGGGUCCCCAGGAAGUGUGGGUCUCCCAGGAAACCCAGGAUUCCCGGGUGCUCAGGGUGAUCCAGGACUGAAAGGAGAGAAAGGCGAAGCAGCUGGGCCAGAGGGAGAAGUGGGUAGUCCAGGGGACCCGGGACCCAGGGGGCAGCCUGGAAGAGGUGGCUUGGAUGGAAUUCCUGGAACCCCUGGAGUGAAAGGAUUACCGGGACCUAAAGGUGAACCGGCUCUCAGUGGUGAGAAGGGGGACCCGGGUCCUCCAGGGGAUCCUGGAAUCCCUGGGUCCCCGGGACCCGCAGGACCAGCUGGGCCACCAGGCUAUGGACCGCAGGGAGAGCCUGGCCCAAAGGGCGCCCAAGGAGUUCCCGGAGCCCCUGGACCACCUGGAGACGCCGGUCCUAGGGGAGAGUUCAGUGUUUCAACACCGGUCCCCGGGCUCCCAGGACCCCCAGGGCCUCCAGGCCACGCUGGCCCCCGAGGCCCACCUGGCUUCCCGGGAGAACCAGGAAAAUGUGAGCCAGGUACUCCUGGGCCUGACGGGGAUCCAGGAAUUCCAGGAAUUGGACUCCCUGGGCCUCCUGGACCUAAAGGAGACCGAGGUUUUCCGGGAACUAAAGGAGCACCAGGUUGUCCCGGAGAAAUGGGGAAGCCAGGGUUACCUGGAAAUCCAGGCCUCCCAGGAGCCAAGGGAGAACCAGGACUAGCCAUGCCUGGAGAACCAGGAAUACCAGGUUUUCCAGGAGAAAGAGGCAAUCCUGGGGAAAAUGGAGAAAUUGGACUCCCUGGAUUUCCAGGUCUCCCUGGAAUUCCAGGAACUGGAGGGCUUGAUGGACCACGAGGUAGAAAAGGUGAAGCAGGACCAAAGGGAGACCCAGGAAUUCCAGGUUUGGAUAGAUCAGGACUUCCUGGAGAACCUGGACCACCAGGAAUGCCAGGUCAUCAGGGCGAGAUGGGACCACCUGGUCAGAAAGGAUAUCCAGGAAACCCAGGAUUUUUAGGGCCACCAGGUGAAAGAGGAACCAUUGGGAUGAUGGGAUAUCCAGGCACUAUUGGCCUUCCGGGGCCUCCUGGGACCCCAGGCUCCCCAGGACAGAAGGGUCGCUUUGGAAUCCCAGGAGCAAAGGGGGAGCGAGGACCCCCAGGAGCCAAGGGGGAUAAAGGAGCCAAAGGACCUCCCGGGCCUUCUCAAAUAUCUCACUUACUGGGGGACAAAGGAGAGCCAGGCCUCAAAGGGUUUGCAGGACAGCCGGGUGAGAAAGGAGACAGAGGCAUUCCCGGGUUCCCGGGUUUAGAAGGACGCAGAGGGCCACCUGGACCACCAGGACCACCAGGCCCCAGAGGAGAUCCUGGAAGCCAUGGGAAUCCUGGAGAACCGGGCCCCCGGGGAGUGCCAGGAAGCAUGGGGCACAUGGGGGUGCCAGGCUCCAAAGGAAAGAGGGGAACUUUGGGACUCCCAGGUCUCCCUGGAAAAACAGGCCUCCCAGGUGUUCAUGGUCCCCAAGGAGAUAAGGGAGAGCCGGGUUAUUCAGAAGGCACAAGGCCAGGACCACCAGGACCCAAGGGAGAACCAGGAUUGCCAGGUGUCAUGGGAAUGAAAGGAGAAAGAGGGCCACCUGGGCCGCCUGGACAUUCAGGACCCGCUGGACCUGACGGAGUCCCCGGACAUCCCGGAAGUCCCGGCCACCCAGGAAAGCCGGGUCCUGAUGGUGACAUGGGGUCGAGAGGAAUGAAAGGUUUCCCUGGAUUUCCAGGAACAAAAGGCCCUCCAGGCCCUCCAGGAUUCCCAGGAGACCCUGGCCCCAUGGGUAUGAGAGGAGACCAAGGAGGUGACGGGAUUCCUGGUCCAGCAGGAGAAAAGGGAGAAACGGGUUUGCUGGGGGCACUUCCAGGCCCAAAAGGAAAGCGUGGUGUUCAAGGAGCGAAAGGAGACAGAGGAGCCCCAGGCUUGCCCGGCCUUCCCGGCAGGAAGGGGGCAGUGGGAGAUGUUGGGUCUCGAGGACCCCCAGGAGUGCCAGGAUUCCCAGGGCCACCAGGUUUCCCUGGUGCAGUCAUCCCUGGCCAAAAAGGAGACCGAGGCCCACCAGGCCCAAGAGGAAAUCCAGGUGAGCCUGGUCCCCCUGGACCUCCGGGGAGUCACAUCAAAGGCAUAAAGGGAGACAAGGGAUUUAUGGGUGAGCCAGGCCCAAGAGGCCCACCUGGAGCCGCAGGAGACACGGGGCCUCCAGGUCCUCCCGGAGCUCCCGGUACUCCAGGUCUGCCGGGGCCCAGAGGUGACCCUGGGUUCCAAGGAUUUCCAGGCAUGAAAGGAGAGAAGGGUAAUCCAGGAUUUCCAGGAUCAAUUGGACCUCCAGGGCAAACUGGGCCCAAAGGGCCACCAGGUGUACGUGGAGAACCUGGCACAGUUAAGAUCAUCUCCCUUCCAGGAAGUCCAGGCCCACCUGGCCGAGCUGGAGAACCAGGGAUGCAAGGAGAACCUGGGCCACCAGGGCCACCGGGAGUCCUAGGACCCUGUGGGCCAAGAGGUAAACCAGGCAAGGAUGGAAAACCUGGAACCCCUGGACCACCUGGAGAAAAAGGCAGCAAAGGUUGUAAAGGAGAGCAAGGACCACCUGGAUUUGAUGGACGGCCAGGUUUGAAGGGGAUACCUGGUGACACCGGACCACCUGCAACCAGGACAACGAUGAGAGGCUUUCUUUUCACCCGCCAUAGUCAGACCACAGCAAUUCCUUCCUGUCCAGAAGGAACAGAGCCACUCUAUAGUGGGUUCUCUCUUCUUUUUAUACAAGGAAACGAACAAGCUUAUGGACAAGACCUGGGAACUCUUGGAAGCUGCCUACAGCGAUUUACCACAAUGCCAUUCCUAUUCUGUAACAUCAAUGAAGUAUGUAAUUUCGCAUCUCGAAAUGAUUAUUCAUACUGGCUGUCAACACCAGCUCCGAUGCCAAUGGACAUGGCUCCAGUUACUGGCAGGGCCCUGCAGCCUUAUAUUAGCAGAUGCACUGUCUGUGAAGGUCCUGCGAUUGCCAUAGCCAUUCACAGCCAAACCACUGACAUUCCCGUAUGUCCCCAUGACUGGAUUUCUCUCUGGACAGGAUUUUCUUUCAUCAUGUUCACAAGUGCAGGUUCUGAGGGCUCUGGGCAAGCACUGGCAUCCCCCGGGUCCUGCUUGGAAGAAUUCCGAGCCAGUCCCUUCAUAGAAUGUCAUGGAAGAGGAACAUGCAACUACUAUUCAAAUUCCUACAGUUUCUGGUUGGCUUCACUAAACCCAAAAAGAAUGUUCAGAAAACCUAUUCCAUCAACUGUGAAAGCUGGGGAGUUAGAAAAGAUCAUAAGUCGCUGUCGGGUGUGCAUGAAGAGAAGACAAUGA